GAGCUUCAAAGAAGAGAGCUCGGCUCACACACGCCGCUGGUGGAUUACUUGUCUGCGUCGAGACUCCCAGUCGUUAAAACGCUAUUUCUUUUUUUUCGAUUCACAAAAAAGCGUCUAUUCGGGGGCGUUUGUGUAGCUGUCCACAGCGGCUGCAUUACGUUAGCUGGUGUGGCGACAGGAUGUAAAUGAACCCAGACGGGACCAGCCCCAGGAACCUGGAACAGUCAGUCAGUCUGUCUGUCACACCCUUGUCUGUGGUGACUGGAGGAAACCCGUGUCGCUCUUUCUCUCUGUGUGGCGCAACAUGUUAUUUUCGUUGCAAAUGUGUGUUAGCCUCAACCUGCCGGCUUGUUGUUGAGUUUUAGAGCACCAGUGUAAGUUAGCAGAAGUGUGGACUGCAUCUAGAAGUGUGGACUGCAUAUAAUGUCUGACUCAUCGUCAUCAUUAUGGCUCGGGGAGAGGAGAUAACGCUCAACAGUCUCUGUGCUGCAGUGCAAACCAGGCAGCAUCACAACUGAGCUACACAACUCAGUCACCGACCCAUCCAGCUGUUUUCGUCACGUCAUAAAACCCUGCAGAAAAAGAGUGGCGUCAUGAAUUCCCCCAUGUACACCUUCGUCACCCGUGACGACAACAGCACUGUGUAUGCAGAAGUUUCCAAAAUCCUCCUCUCCACUGGACAGUGGAGGAAGCUGAAAAGGGACAAUCCCAGAUUCAACCUGAUGCUUGGUGAACGGAACAGGCUGCCCUUUGGACGUCUAGGUCAUGAACCAGGAUUGGUGCAGCUGGUGAACUACUACAGAGGAGCAGACAAGCUUUGUAGAAAGGCAUCAUUGGUCAAACUAAUAAAGACCAGACCAGAGCUGUCCGACUCUGCUACCUGGUUCCCAGAAUCCUACAUCAUCUAUCCCACUAACCUCAACACCCCCGUUGCUCCUGCUACAAAUGGCCUCAGCCAUCUGAAGAAUAAUCCCAAGACAGAUGAGCGGGAGGUUUUCCUGGCCUCGUAUCACUCUAAAAAAGAAAAUGGAGAAGGAAUAGUGUGGAUAGCAAAGUCUUCUGCUGGAGCUAAAGGGACUGGUAUUUUUAUAUCACAAGAUGCUAAUCAGCUGCUGGAGUACAUUGAUAAUCAGGGACAGGUUCAUGUUAUUCAGAAGUACCUGGAGAAACCUUUACUCCUGGAGCCGGGACAUCGGAAGUUUGACAUCAGGAGCUGGGUGUUGGUGGACCAUCAAUAUAACAUCUACUUGUACCGGGAGGGCGUGCUGCGGACGUCCUCAGAGCCUUACAAAAGCUCUGACCUGCAGGACAUGACCAGCCACCUGACCAACCACUGCAUCCAGAAAGAGCACUCGCAGAACUACGGGCGAUAUGAAGAGGGGAACGAGAUGUUCUUUGAUGAGUUCAAGCUGUACCUGCUGAACACUCACAAUGUCGCCUUGGAGACCACCAUAUUACCUCAGAUCAAGCAUAUCAUAAAGAGCUGUCUGACAUGUAUUGAGCCGGCAAUCAGCACCAAGCAUCUGUCCUACCAAAGCUUUCAGCUGUUUGGAUUUGAUUUCAUGGUGGAUGAGAGCUUCAAAGUGUGGCUCAUUGAGAUCAAUGGAGCUCCAGCCUGUGCACAGAAACUUUACUCAGAGCUAUGUCAAGGGAUUGUUGAUGUGGCCAUUUCCAGUGUCUUCGCCCUAAACAACAGCAGUGAGUCCUCGUCUGCUUCCUCGUCUCCUUAUUCCUGCUCCCCGUCCUCCGCGUUCACCACCAACUCCUGCUCCUCUCCCAAACUGAGAGGACCUCUUCAUGUGGGCCCUUUCACUCGACUGUAAGCUCACACUCAAAUAUCCCCCUCAUCUCCUCCACAUCAGAAACUUCCUAACCCCCGACCCCACCUGAGAAGUAGCACACGCCAGUGACCUGAGCCCUUAACUGAAUUUACCAAACACCCAGACAAGACAGGUCAGGAGGUUCUUUUCAUGAAAAUCACUGAGCUGUAAAAAAUUAUCACUGCUCUCCUCAUAAUGCACACCAUGCAUGUGAGGAUGCUGAUGCUUUAUGGAAGUCUCUGAACGAGUUCCACCACCACCAGUUUUUUUUUCUCCCCUACCAAGAUUAAUGGAGAUCUGAAGGAUGCAGAGAUGCUGCCAGUCCAGACUGUAGUGCCUUACAUUUCCAACCACACUCCCUUAAAAGACUGCCGGUUAGCUUGCUCUUUUAACAUGACUCAUACUUCUCAUUCUAUAAGCCUUUGCACUGUUGCAGUCAUUGCGGUCAUGACCCGUCCGUAUGACUUUGUUUAAAACAGAUUCUUUAUUAUUGGAAAUCUUCUAUUCUUGUCAGACGCUUUUCCUUUUUUUUAAAAUUAGCUCAACUAGUCUAAGUAUUUUUAGAAACCGCUGAUCUGCUAGAACUCCACAAACAUCUCUACAAAGAGGAAAAAAUAAAAUACCCAUAAGCAGCAGUUCUCUGAGAGAAAAUACCUGGUUAAUGACAGAAGUCAGAGGAGAAUAUCCAGACUGAUUAAAGGUGAUACAAAGGC